UUAAUCAGCUGUUGUACUUAUUAACCGGUAAUAAAAUUAAUAAACAAUUUAAAAAUGCGAAAUUUACUAUUUUAUAAUUUGCCAAAAUUAGCAAUAAAUAAAUUACCAGCUCACCUAAAUUCUCAAACAAAUAUAACAAGAUAUUUUUCAAUAAUUUCUACGAAAAAAAUUGUCAAUAAUAAAGUCAAUUUAUUGCUACCAGUUAAUAACAAUCAUGUAGUAAUUAAUAAAAAUUUAUUAUCAUUAUCAUGUGUGUUAUUAAAAGCAAAAGAUAAAGGUGAUAAAAAAAAAAGCUCAAAAGCACAACAUAUUAAUUUAAAUGAAAUAUCUGAAUUUGUUGAUACUGAUAAAUUUAUAUCACAAAUGGAUCAUUCAAUUGAAGAGCUCAAAAAUAAUUUUAUAAAACAUUUAACAUUACGUUCAUCAGCUGGUUCAAUUGAACAAAUAAGUGUUAAUUUUGAAGGUGAAGAAUUUAUGCUACAAGAAUUAGUACAAAUUGUUAGAAAACCUAAAAUGAUUGUGUUGAAUGUUACCACAUUUCCUCAAGCAUUACCACAAAUAAUUGAAGCACUUGAAAAAAGUGGAAUGAAUUUAAAUCCACAACAAGAUGGUACAACAUUAUUUGUUCCCCUACCAAAAGUUACCAAGGAACACAGAGAAGGUCUUGCUAAAAAUGCAAAAGCAAUUUAUAUAAAAUGUCGUGACAAUUUAAAAGACAUAAAAAAUAAAGAACUUAAAAAUCUCAAAAAGAAAACAUCAAUAUCAGAGGAUCAAGUGAGAAGAGUACAUGGACAACUUGAAGCAAUAUGUGAAAAAUAUAUUAAAGAUGCUGAUGUUAUUCUUGAUACCAAGCAAAAAGAUUUAUUAAAAACCGAAUAAAAAUUCAUCAAUAAGUGAAAAACGACUUCCUGGUAUUGCUGUUACUUUGUAAUUUUCUUGACACCAUUUUACAAAUUUACCAGCAUCACAUUCUAAAUAUAAA